AUGAGCAAUGCUUCGCAAGAGAUAAAAGGCACUAGAAUCACAGCCUGCACCGAAUGUCGCCAGCAAAAGCUUCGAUGUGAUGCGUCUAAGGACUAUUCUCAGCCAUGCUCGCGGUGCAAACGGUUCAAAUUGGACUGUGUUGUCUCCAAGAACUUCAAACGAGUGAAACGGCGCACUUUGAACAGGAAGACCGAACUGCAAGCCGAGCUGGAUAUGCUGAAGAAACAAGUCGAAACCGGCACGCCUGAACAGAAGAAUCACUCUCAAUCCGUGGACAUUCCAUCUGCACAGUGGAAUUCUAUAGGCGCGCAGGCCGCACCAACAACUACAGGAGCAUAUGCGUCGCCCCAGCUUGCAGGUUUCAGCCCUCAUUCCCUGGAUGCGUCGACAAAUGCUUCCGCUCCUCAAGCGCCAGAUCAAAGCCAUGGGAACAUCGCACAUGGUAAUACUAAGUCCUCUACAACCCGGUCGCAGACUAUCCAAGAUGUCAUUGUUGACGCGCAAGACAUCGACGAAUGCUUUAAAUUGUUUUUCGAGAAGAAUCUAUCCUACCUCCCUAUUUUCGAUCAGAAACUUCAGCCGAAUGACUGUUUUGGCGCUUCCCCAUUUCUGUUUUGGACCAUAGUCGCUAUCGGCUCACGAAGGUACUCGAAGGAUCCUACCUUGAUCCUUCUUCUUGCUCCUAAGGUCUUGGAACUGGCAAAGGUCGCAAUCUUCUCCUGUGAGAGGGUCCUACCAACGAUUCAAGCUCUUGUGCUUCUUUGCACCUGGCAGAUGCCUAUCGACACAUUGCAGAAAGACGUAACGCCACAAUUGGCGGGAGCAAUGAUACAGCUCGCAACAAACGUCGGCCUUCAUGUAUACGGUUCUGUUCAGGAUUUUACACGAGUACCACUUAAAUACGAUGGUCAACAGAGAAAAUUCAGAACCCGGUUGUGGUCGAUGUGUCUAUAUACCUGCCAAAGAGUCAAUAACUCACGAGGUCUUCCACCCUUGGUGUUGACAGACACUUACAGCCACGAAGGCUACAGAGAAGACCCAUUAGCCGCCUUGCCUCCUACGAUACGGUUCCAAAGGAAAUUGAAUCAUAUGCUAAGCGAGGCCAUUUUGCAAAUCGAUCGGGAUGCCUUGUCAAGAAAGCCAGAUGAGCGUAACACGAUGCUGGGGCCUACAAUUAAUGCUUGUCUCUCCAAGCUAGCUGCUUUAAGCGCAGAGUGUCCUACCAAACAGGAUCAACUCACGCUCCUGAUCGCCGAGUUGCAAGUCUCAGCCUGCCACUUGAUUGCACCGUCAUCGACCAUUGGCCAAAGCCACCUCAUAAACAUGUACGCCCAAGCGUGUGCCAUGAUUGAGCUUGGUUCAGAACUGGACCAGGAGCAAGAAAUGGCAGAGUACGGCUCGACGAAUAUCAAUAUGAACUGGAAUCUGGCGGCUUUCCUCAUACUUCGCAUUGGAAAGUCGCAUGUACGCCAAGCGCUAGACUUGAAGCGUGGUCAGAGGUGUUACUUCUCCGCGAUCAACCUGAACAAGAGACAAAGUGUUCGGUCAGACGACAUAUCGGCAAGGGCAACGAUGAUCUUGUCACAGUUGUGGACCAGUAAGGUAGUUAUCAAACAACCGGAUGGCACUCCUGACAGUCUAUGGCUUCGUUGUCGAAAUAGGCUUGGAGUAAGCGUGACUUUUGAUUGUUUCUGGUUGUGGCGACAGGAGUUUGGAGGACAACCAAACCCAUACGAGGGAGUCGAAGACGAAAAAGCACCCACCGCUGCUAAACCUGUCUUCUGGGGCUCUCCCGACUCGGUUAACACGGUCAACAUGAUGAUGGGGAUCGGGUGGUCUCCAGAUACCGUGUUCCAAGACUUUCAGUGGCCGAUAUUCGACGAAUUCUUGUAUGAUGGCUGGAUGGGGGGAGGAGGCAGCAACGAAGGUUCUCUGACACAAUGA